UUUUUUGCUUGACAGUCGCGUGCUCGUGCCGCGUUACAUUCGCUCUGAAGUCUUCCUUGGCAAUUUUACGGUUGAAGGUAGCUGAAAAUGGCAGAUCCUGAUGGAUCAACCAAGAAAAAAAUAUCCAGACCUGGCUUCAAGUUCGAAACAGGUUUCAGAAUUGAGUUACUGGAGACAGGAGUAUGGUAUACAUGCAAAAUUCUGCAAGUGGACUGGGAAAAGGAGCUAAUUCUCAUUCACUAUGACCGGUGGUCUCACAAGUUUGAUGAAUGGGUGCCCAUGUCAUCACCAGACAUCAGGCCUUGCAAGGAUAAGGGCAGGCAGCGGCAGGACAGUAAGAAACACUUUCGCGUGCGUGAGGACGUGUUCGCAGUGUGGUCGGACGGCCGCCGCUACCCGGGAUCCAUUCAGGCCGUACUCCCUAACGACACAUACCAGGUCAUGUUCUUUGACGGCUUCAUGAAGAAGCUCAAGUCGAAACAGCUGAGCAAGUGGACCCGGGAGAACGAGCAGCGGUUCGGCGCGGCCACCGGGCCGGGCCGGUCGGCGCUGCCCGCUCUGCCCAACACUCCAACGGCCAUCGCCGGUCCGAGUGGCAUCCCCGUGCCGCCGCCGGCCCCCGCCGGCUUCGUGCCCGAGGUGCUGGACACCAAGCGGAAGCGGAAGACCAAUCCGAUCGUCGAGGAACUCCUCGGACCGAAGCGGGCCCGUCGUCAGAUGCGGGAGGAGUCCGAGAGCCGCCAUCGCAGCCCGUCGGGCGCCCCGUCCACCGGCAGUGCGGCCAGCACGCCGGGCGGCAGCAGCAGGAAACAGAGCUGGGCCAUCAGCUCGCGGGAGGACGCCGACGGCGACUCGGCCGACACGGGCUCCGAGUGGGACUCGAUGCCAGAGGAGGAGGAACAGGAGGAGGAGGGUGCGGAGUAUGUGGAGGACACCGGAGAUGAGGAGGCGGAGGGAGAGGGAGAGGAGGAAGAAGAGGCCGGGAGCGGAGAGGAGGAGUCGGUCUACAGCGAGUCGGUGCUCUCCCUAGAUGACACUGCCAGCUCCAGUUACCGGUCCGCCUCUCCACCGGCGCCCACUCCCUCUCCCGCCGCGGCGCCGCCCAGCCCCGCCGACCCGACCGCCGAGCACGACCUGCCGCCCGGCUGGCGACGCGUGCUCACACCGCGCACACAGACCAACCGGCUGGACAUCACGCUGUUCGCGCCGGACGGCACCCGGUUCCGGUCGCGGGCGGAACUGGAGCGGUUCGUGCAGCGGACCGGAGCCACACACCUGGAGCCCAGCGUCAUGUUCCGCAGGCCGCCGCGAUCAGAGACGGCGGGUCGCCGUCGUCGCCAGUCACCGCCGCGGUCCGUCGGCCGGCCGUCCUUCACCUCCUCUAUGUCUGUACCGUCGGGCGGUCCACCAGAGGGCGGCGGCCGGCCGCCCCUGACCUCCACCCCGAGCCUGCCCGGCCCCGCCGCCCGCGGCAUGUAUGUGGCAGCGACCGGCACCCAGAAGAAACUGCCGCUCGGCUGGGCACUGGAGCCGAUAAUCGAUAAACCAGCAGAGCCGGAGCAGCAGGACUUCACGUGUGUCGACCGAGACUGCAACAAAAAGUUCCGCAACGAGAGUCUGCUUCAGAUGCACAUCAAGCACUACCACCCGGAGCUGCGGCACUUGGUGAACGCCCGGUCGGCGAGUGUGGUGCGCCGCGCUGAGUCGCGCACCAUGCAGAGCCAGCUCAGCGCCGAGGGCGCCGGCGGCGGCGGCGUCCCGUCGCCCCGGCUGCCGCUGGCCCGGCUCCGCUCAGUGGGCGAGUCGGCACAGAGCCGGGAGCGGCGGCGCGGCAGCAGCGGCGAGCGCGCCUGGCCGCCCGAGCCGGCGCCGCGCUCCCCGCCCCCGCGGCCCGACUCGCCGCUGCUGUCGGUGACCAGCGCCGUGCCGCCGACCGACGAUCCCAAACUGCUGGCCGAGCCAGUGGUGUCUGUCCGCUCGGACGUGAGUCAGCUGGCGGCGCUGCACCACGCCCGCUCCGUCUCCUCCGAGCGGCAGCGCAGUCGCAGCUUCCGGCGGCCGCGCCGCAGGCAGAACACCUCUGAAGAGGCGCCGGCGCAGCUCCCAGACUUUAUCCAGAUCGUGGAGCAGGAGGGCCUGCACAAAUCCUCUGCGCGCCGGCCGCUGGGCCGUCUCCCACGCCGGCCGACCGACUCGGGGGAGAGCGGUCGCCUCCUCUCCUAUACCUCUCUGGAGGAGGUGGGCUCGCCUAGCUCGCCGGCGCCGUCGGCUACUUCAACGCGCGACGCCGACGCCGGGGCCGAUGAGGACCUGAUGAGUGAGCCGGACAAGCUAGAACACCACGAGGUGAUCAGGUGUUCGUGUGGCCAUCAGGAGGAGGACGGUCUGAUGAUCCAGUGUGAGCUGUGUCUGGCCUGGCAGCACGGUGUCUGUCUCGGUAUAGACACGGACGACGAGGUGCCGUCGCGGUACGUGUGCGCCACGUGCCGGCACCCGUGGCGCGUGCGGCACACGCAGCGCUACGUGUGGGACCAGCAGCUGUUCCGGGACGGCGCGCUGCUGCGCCUGCCGUUCGGCGGCGCCGACCCGGCGCUGGAGCGCGCCCAGGCGGUGAUGCGCGCUGCCUGCGACCUCACGGCUAACGUGCUCAGCUUGCAGGCUGUGAUGCGCAGUCUGAGGACAAAGCUGGCCAUCGCCAGUGACCUCAACCACCCCAAACUGUACCUGUGGGCGCGCCCCUGGUCUCCGCCUCCGGAGCAGAGCGGCGACCAAUCAGAGACUAUAACCGGGGGAGAGAACCAAUCACAGGCAGUCACCAAACCCGACGACCAAUUGGAGUCGACGUCAACCGCCGACAGCCAAUCAACUCUCGCGCCGGGCGGGAUCUACCAAUCAGAUCAGACGACUCCGGCGGCUGACCAAUCAGAGUCACUGCUGGCCGCUGCCCUGGAGAGUCCCGCUCUUCUGGCGGCGGUGAACUCGGCGGCCGCGGAGCUGACGGCCGCCCCAGCCGGUCUGGACACCAACACAGCCUCGGAGCCGGGGGAGCUGAACGGCGCCGGACCGGAGACGGACCCGCUGGCCACCCUGUCCUCGGACCAGAAGGCGCUUCUGACAGCCUCGCUGGCUGCGGUCAGUGAUGCGGUGAAGGAUGCUGAGGGUACCUCGGCGGGCGAUGGUGCGGCGGCAGAGGUGCCGGUGACUUCUGAGGCUACACCCGCACCGACUGUCAGUAGCGGGGAAAUAGCGCCCCCGGCGAGCGGCAGCGGGGAGACGACGGCACCAGCUGCUGGCAGCGGGGAGAAGGCAGUCCCAUCGACUGACAGCGGAGAGACAGCGACCGGCAGCGGAGAGACGACAGACGCAGUGACCGACAGCGGGCAGACGGCUGCCCCACCGGCUGCCAGCGCGGAGACACCGGCCGACAGCGCCCCACCUACCGACAGCGGGGAGGCAGAGACCGCGCCGGCGUCCGAGCCUCUGGAGGAGACCGAUGACCCGCUGUCUGGCGUGCUGGACGCCAUUGUGGGCCUGCUGCCGUCUCAGAGUGACCUCGAUCAGCUGAUGGACGGACCCGUCACCGAGCCGACGCCAGCGCCGCCAGCGGCGCCGGUGGGCGAGGCGCGGAUCGACCCGGCCACCUGUCAGGUGAACCUGCUGCAGCACGUGACGCAGAUGCAGACGGCGCUGAUGACCAGGAUGGACGUCAUCGAGGGACACGUGGAUGCGCUGGAGAAGGUGGCAGAGCUGGAGCCGGACUGGGAGAAACAGCAGCCACAGGUGUGCCGAGCCAUGCUCCACUCAGUGAUGAGGGACGUGCGUCUACUGGAGCGGCUCGGCCGACUCAGCUGACCGACCCGGGCCCCUCUGUGACGUCACGGUGACGUCAUCAGGGGGUCAGGCGCCGCGGGCGAGGUGUUUCGGGGGCGUGGUUAUUUUUUGCGUGGGAUGCUGAGUGAGGAAUGGAGUGCCGUCAGCUGACUUCGAUCGGCCAGGACUAAGCGAUAGUGGUUGAAUGUUGUUGAAGCCUUUUUGUCGUGUUUAGCGUUCUAAACUGAGCGCAUCGCUUAUCAAAUAAGAUUAGGCGAGCAAAUAUCGUCCGGCACUCGCAGUACAAACCUUUGUGUACCGAUAUUAGUCAUGUUUGCGUAACAUUGCGAACAAAGCAGAUCGCAUGGUUCAGCCCGAUUCAUUGUGCUUUUCCAAUAAAUAAUGAAACCG